AUGCAUUCAUCCAGCCAGACCGCAUGGGGUGAGGACACGGAUUUCAGCGGCGCCUCGGGCGCAGCGGAAUCAGCGGGCGGCGGCAAUGGAGCAAGGCUCUCCAUUCGCUCGCGCCCUGGCGGCAAUCGCCGGCAGGCCACCUCUCUGCCCUCCACCGCGGCCGUGCUGGCAGCAGCACGAGAAGCGUCAGCGCCCAGGGCAGGGGGCAACGCCACCGGCGGCAGCCGCGGCGGCGGCGGCACGGCCGGAACGGCCAGCCACCGGGAAGUGCAGGUGCCGGGCGGUGGAGCCUCGGCGCCUGGCGUCCGGCCCGGCCAGCCACCCAACACAGCCACCGUGUUUGUCACCUUUGGCAACACCGCGAUGUGGGAGUUCACGCACAACUGGGCGCUGAGCGUGCAGCGCCUGGGCGCCGCCUACUUGGUGGGGGCCCUGGAUGCCGGCAUGUCGGAGCUGUGCGCCCAGGCGGGGCUGCCCCACCUCGACCUGUGGCGGCAGCAGGAGGGCAACGCUGCUGGCGGCUCUGCCGCCAACUCAUCCUUCUUCCGCGCCGACUUCCGGACCUUCCGCAACAUGGGUGCCGCCAAGAUCCAGCUGACGCUGUCCAUCCUGGAGGGCGGCGGCGGCGUGGACACGGUGGUGGUCAGCGACUCGGACACGGUGUGGCUGAGGCACCCCCAGCAGUACUUUGACCAGCGCCCUGCGGCCGACUGGUUCAUAUCCACCGACUGCCUGUCGCACGAGGUGGAGGCGGCCUGGCGCCCGCAGCACAACCAGCCACGCUGCGGCCACGUGCCAGGCAACAUCUGGGGGCGGGCGUACAACACCGGCGUGUUUGCGGUGCGCAACCGCGAGGCGGGGCGGCGCCUGCUGCGCCUGUGGCGAGACUUGGUGCUUGGGCCCGAGGCCCUGGUGCAGACGGAGGCCAACCAGACCUUUGGCGUCACCGACCAGCAGGCGCUCAACAUGCUGCUGGAGGAGGGCUCGGAGUGGAAGCUGGAUGCCGCCCCCGAGGACGACCACAUCACGCUCAUGCGCAACGGAACCCUGCGCCUGCACCCGCUGCCCAUCCUGCUGUUCCCCAGCGGCCACGUGGCCUUUGUGCAGCGCCUGCCCUGGAGGCACGGCGCGCAGCCGUAUGUCGUGCACGCCACAUUCCAGCGGUACGGCACCAGCAUCAACCGCUACGCCAAGCGCGCGCGCUUCAGGCACGAUGCGGAGUUUGGGAUGUGGUUCCUGGAUGGUCCCGAGUACUAUGCGCCGCCGGGGGCGCGCUACCUCGCCUACUCCAACGACGUGCGGCGGUUCAUCGGCCGGCUGGCGGCGGAGCGCUUCAAAGGCGCCAUGCCUGUCCUGUACAAGCAGAUGGCGGCCAUGUCUUACCAGCUGGCGCAGUUCAGGGACGCGCUGGCCGCGGCGCGCAUGCUCAACCGCACCCUGGUGCUGCCCACCUCGUGGUGCUGGUGCGAUUAUGACUGGACGCCGCACGUGCUGGAGAAGUGCAAGAUCAGGGUCAGCGACCUGCGGCUGCCGUUUGAGUGCCCCUCGGACUUUGUGCUGCACAUUCCAUACAUGGAGAUGGCCGGGCUGGAGGGGCGGUACCGUGUGCCCGGCUUCUUGGAAGACCCUCGGGCACCAGCCGAGCUGCGCCUCUCCCGCGGAGAGCUGCGGGUGCUGGAUGCGGCGCCAGCCCUGGAGCAGGGCGCGGCGUGGGCAAAUGGGGUCGAUGCGGCGGCAGGGGCCGCGGCGGCAGCCAGCACGGCGGCCUCGGAUGUGGCAAAGGGCGAGCUGCGCCUCGGCGCCGCCCAGCGCGAGAUUGAGGACGUGGCGGCGCCGCUGCGGGAGGUUGCGGUACUGCAGCUCAGCAACAUGCAGCCAGGCCUGGUGGCGGGCUUUGAUUCUGCGGACGAGGCCCGCGCCUUUGAUGACACAUUCCAGAAGAUCACGGAGCAGCUGUAUUGGUGCUGCGCCGCCGAGGAGUCUCACGGCCACGCCCUCUUUCACUACAAGCUGCCCAGGUCGCUGUCUGCCGGCUACCGGCCGUGGACUGCGCCCGUCAUGCUGCUCCCAGGCUGGUGCGACCAGCCGGAGCCAAACCAGCGCAACCGCGAGGCGCUGGCUUACGCAAACCACCCCUGCCAGUUCCUCACCAAUGCCACGGCGGCCGCCAUUGCGGCGGCCAUCAGCUGA